GCCACCUCUGACCCUUCCUGAGCAAAUGACACCAGCGAGUCUGCUUCCCAGUUUUUCAUUGCUUAGCUGUCCUUGACAACCAGAAUAAUUACCUGAAGAGUUCCAGCCUGAGACCUCCUCAUGGAUGGGUUAAAUGUGACAUCAUCUGUUGUUGAGGAACCCACGAACAUCUCAACUGGCAGGAACGCCUCGGUUGGGAAUGCACAUCGGCAAAUCCCCAUCGUGCACUGGGUCAUUAUGAGCAUCUCCCCAGUGGGGUUUGUUGAGAAUGGGAUUCUCCUCUGGUUCCUGUGCUUUCGGAUGAGAAGAAAUCCCUUCACUGUCUACAUCACCCACUUGUCUAUUGCAGACAUCUCACUGCUCUUCUGUAUUUUCAUCUUGUCUAUCGACUAUGCUUUAGAUUACGAGCUUUCUUCUGGCCAUUACUACACAAUUGUCACAUUAUCAGUGACUUUUCUGUUUGGCUACAACACGGGCCUCUAUCUGCUGACGGCCAUUAGUGUGGAGAGGUGCCUGUCAGUCCUUUACCCCAUCUGGUACCGAUGCCAUCGCCCCAAGUACCAGUCGGCGUUGGUCUGUGCCCUUCUGUGGGCUCUUUCUUGCUUGGUGACCACCAUGGAGUAUGUCAUGUGCAUCGACAGAGAAGAAGAGAGUCACUCUCGAAGUGACUGCCGGGCAGUCAUCAUCUUUAUAGCCGUCCUGAGCUUCCUGGUCUUCACACCUCUCAUGCUGGUGUCCAGCACGAUCUUGGUCGUGAAGAUCCGGAAGAACACAUGGGCUUCCCAUUCCUCCAAGCUGUACAUCGUCAUCAUGGUCACCAUCAUUAUAUUCCUCAUCUUCGCCAUGCCCAUGAGACUCCUUUACCUGCUGUACUAUGAGUAUUGGUCAACCUUUGGGAACCUACACCACAUUUCCCUGCUCUUUUCCACAAUCAACAGUAGCGCCAACCCUUUCAUUUACUUCUUUGUGGGAAGCAGUAAGAAGAAACGAUUCAAGGAGUCCUUAAAAAUUGUUCUGACCAGGGCUUUCAAAGAUGAAAUGCAACCUCGGCGCCAGGAAGACAAUUGUAAUACGGUCACAGUUGAGACUGUUGUCUAAGAACUGAGAGGGAAGUUGUGGAUAACAAUGGUGGAACACAGGUCAUUUUUAGCUUGUGCUUGGAAUAUAACUUAAGUAUCUCCUAAAUGUGAUACAGAAGGACAUCUCAUCCAAUAUGCAUGAGAUACUAAUUAAUG